AUGGGGACGGCUGGGCGGGAGAGGGGCGAGGGGGGCCGCUCCCCCCGCCGCUGCCCCCCGCAAGCAGCCCCCCGAGAGGCACUGCCGGGCAAACCGGAGAGCUGUCCGCCACGUCGGGCGGAAGGCGGGAUCGCCGUCGGAAAACCCGUCUUCCAGCACCUUACCCAGGUGAAACCACGGCGCUUUGAAAUACAGGUUUGUGUGGAGAAAGGUGAGACCAUUUGCUUUUUGUCACACAACAUCACCACUCCUACUGCUGCCCUCCAGGAGAAUUUCUUCUAUCCUAAUAGUUUUCACCUGUCCUUUAGUCCAAAGGAUGGAAUUCCUAAGCUUUUUGAGUCAGAGGGUCUGUUUAAAGGACAAGAGGAUACAGAAACAGAUCACUUCCCCUAUCCCCAGGUUUCAGAACAGAUAACAAGCUUUGCUACUGCUACUAUGCGGGUAGCUGGAAGUGGGUCCAAGAAGCAGCUGGGAAGACUCAGGCCACCAAUGGUAAUUGGCCAAUUCCACACUCCUUUCUUUGGCUCAGUCCGUCUGUUUUUCCUUGGUGUUUUGGGCUUUGCUGUUUAUGGAAAUGAGGCCUUGCAUUUCAGCUGUGACCCAGACAAGAGAGAGGUUAAUCUUUUCUGUUACAACCAGUUCAGGCCUAUAACUCCUCAGAUAUUCUGGGCAUUACAGCUGGUGAUUGUACUGGUACUUGGAGCAUUUUUUCACCUUUAUGCUGCAUGUAAGAGCAUCAAACAGGUCUACACCAUUUUUUUUUUUAUCUUCUCUGUUUUCUUAAGGAUUAUCUUUGAAGCUGUGGCUUUUUGGCUUCAGAUUCAGCUCUUUGGUUUCAAAGUGAACACAAUCUACACGUGUGAUGUGGGAGCGCUUGGAAAAAAGUUUAACAUUACCCGGUCCAUGGUGCCAGAGCACUUUGAAAAGAAAAUUUUUCUUAUUGCAACGUACACAUAUACUGUGAUUACAGUGGUCUUGUGUGUUGCCGAAAUUUUUGAGAUCUCAUGUAGAAGGCUACGUUUCUUAAAAACUCAGUGA